AUGCCUGCCGUUCCAAGAGCCAAAACAUCACCAAAGUCUGGUCUCAGAAGAAAGACCAACUUCAAGUUCACCAUCGACUGUUCCGCCCCAGGUGGUAAGAUCCUCGACGUUGCCUUGUUCGAGAAGUUCCUCCACGACAAGAUCAAGGUCAACGGUAAGGCCGGUAAUCUCGGUAGCGCUGUCACCAUCACCCGUGACAAGUCCAAGAUUGUUGUCCAAACCACCAUUGCCUUCUCAAAGAGAUACUUGAAGUACCUCACCAAGAAGUUCUUGAAGAAGAAGAAGAUCAGAGAUUUCCUCCGUGUCGUCGCCACCACCAAGAACACCUACGAAUUGCGUUACUUCCAAGUUGCCGACCCAGAGGCUCUCGAAGAAGACGAAUAA